AUGCGCCUUGAUGGUUAUAGCUUGGAAAUCUUGGUGGAUGGAAAACCUUUGCAGGAGUGCCAAGUUCCUAUCAAACAACACAGCUUUCUUCCAACCGGACCAUCAUUCAUCUUUAGAGAAGAAAUCAAGGAAAAUGUGUGCAAUGAAUUCGUAACCUAUGCAUCAAUCCCGCUCAUGAGAACUCAUUUUGCAAUCAAAAUUUCAGCAUCAAAUGCGACUCCUGUUUUUCCAAUCCGUGCCGAGACAUACAUCGAUAAUAUUUCCGAUAGUACUUAUUGUGAACUUGUAGAACCCAUACCUAGAAUCAAGGAGGGAUUUUGGAAUAAAGAUCUAGAUGAACUAAAUUAUUUUAACUUUGAAUUUGGAGGAAUUGAAUAUAAGAACUUUUCCGAUUUUGAUUCCUACAUUUUACAAAGUGCCUCUUGCCUAGCAAAUAAAUCGCACGCAUGCCAAGAAAAGGAAAGUGUGCCCUUACAAUCCUCAGUUCCUCUUCCAUUUGGGCCAGGAUAUGGUGCGGUUUCGGCUUACUUUUUUAAAUCCAGGAAAACAAUUAGAGAGAAUCUUUGGUGCAAUCCUGAAAGCAUACUGAAAAACAAAAUCACCAUGAACACUCGAGAAUACAAUUUAAAUGACGGACUGAUGUAUCAAAUAAAGAGAAAUCGAAAGACUGGGUGUGAAAUUAUAAGAGACAAUUCUCAUUUAGAAAUUAUAGAUAAACAUCAACCGCUUGCGGUAUUGCAUGUUCAUUAUAGACCUCUUCAGUGGCUAACCAGUAGAGGACUAAUUCGAGUCGAAAAAUCUCAGGAGGAGAAUUUCUACAAGUCAAAGUUUAGAGCUGUAAAGUAUGUUAGUUCGAGUACGCAUAUUACCAAUAAUGAAGAAGAGAAAAAAGUCGGGUUGAAUGGAAAUGAGCGCGGGCAUCGAGUUGAGAAUGAGAGGAUUUUGAACAAAGUGAAACAUCGAAUCAAGGAUGUUACCGUCAUGGAGAAUCGCAAAUUUUUGUCUCCUAUGGUAUUACCUACAACAUCCCGGACUGAGGUUGAUUGUCGUAAUGAUGAUUUACAAAUUAUUUCUCAACAUGAUUUUUUCGAUACAUUGAAGAGAAGACAAGUGCAGAAAGUCGAUUCUAGAGAAAAAUUGGCAGAAACUGAACGUAGACAUGGAAAUCCAAAACCGGAUUUGGAGAAUGGCAGAAAAAGGAAAAAAAUAUUACACAAGGAAUUCAUUGAAUUACUUGACUCCGAAGAUUGA